UACUACCUUCUCACAUUUACUCUCGUUAUUUGUGCCCACUCUUGAUAUACUAUUUAAAUUUCAUCUUUAUCCUGCAAAUAAUUCACACUUGUGUUCCCAGCCUACCUUGUUUUGCAGAUCAAAGGGGGAUGGAUUCACCAUCUGCAAGCCAGCUGAAGAGCUCUGAAGAUGAUGCUGAUAAAGUCUGUAAUAGAAGCAUUGUAGUUCCACAUAGAGUUGUUGCAUUAGCCAACAGAUUUGAGAAGAAAGACCGUUCCUGGUAUGUCAAAUCUAAAAUCCCUAAUGAUCUGUCUAUUCAAGUCGACGAUAUUACCUUCCAAGCACACAAGUUUCCUUUGAUCACCAAAUGUGGUUACAUAAGCAAUACUGAGCUACAGCGUUCAGCUUCUGGGAAUGGAUAUCAUCUCAAGCUUGAGAACUUCCCAGGAGGAGCAGAAACGUUUGAGACCAUUCUCAAAUUCUGCUACGGUUUUCCGGUGGACUUGAAUCCUCUCAACGUAGCUGCACUGAGAUGUGCAUCAGAGUAUCUGUACAUGACCGAAGAGUUUCAAGACGGGAAUCUAAUCUCCAAGACAGAUGGUUUCAUCACCUUUGUAGUACUUGCCUCAUGGAGAGACACGCUCACUGUUCUGAGAUCAUGUACAAGCUUAUCUCCAUGGGCAGAAAACCUCCAGAUUGUAAGAAGAUGCUGUGACUUGCUAGCUUGGAAAGCAUGCAAUGAUAGUUAUGACAUACCGGAAGAUGUAGAAAACAAUGAGAGAAGUCUAUACAAUGGUAUAGCUAACCUUCAACUUGAUCACUUCAUGAGAGUUGUGACAUCUGUAAACGCACGAAGGGGUAAACCAGAGGUUAUAGGUAGACUCAUCAUGAAGCACGCAGAGAACUGGUUGCCGCUAAUCGAUGAGGAUAUGGAAGGCAUACGAGGUUAUGGAUCAGGAAACAAUGAGUUUCAGUUCAGUGUUGAACGAGAAAGAACAGAGGGAAGCACUUUAGGAUGUCAAGAACAAAAGAGAACCAUUGAAAGCUUAGUAAGCGUGCUUCCCACGCAACCUGAAGCAGUAGUACCAUGCCAGUUUCUGUUGAGGUUGCUGAAGACAGCGAUUGUGUAUUCGGCAUCCCCAGCUUUAAUAUCUGAUCUUGAGAAGAGAGUCGGUAUGGCAUUGGAAGAUGCUAAUGUAUGUGACCUCCUGAUUCCUAACUUCAAGAAUGAAGAUCAACAAAAAGGAGCAAGAUCACAUGAGGAGUACACAAUAUACAAUGUAGACGUGGUUCACAGGAUUCUUGAGUAUUUUGUAAUGCAUGAACAGCAGCAACAACAAGAACAGCAACAGGUUCAAGGAAAGCCAGGCAUAACAAAGCUAUUGGACAAUUACCUAGCCGAGAUUGCAAAAGAUCCAUAUCUGCCCAUCACCAAGUUUCAGGUUCUAGCUGAAACGUUGCCUGAAAACGCUUGGAAAUGCCAUGACGGCCUCUAUAGAGCAAUUGAUAUGUUUCUCAAGACUCAUCCUUCACUAUCAGAGCAUGAUAGGAGAAGACUGUGCAAAACAAUGAACUGUGAGAAACUAUCUCUUGAUGCGUGCCUCCACGCUGCACAAAAUGAUCGGUUGCCUUUGAGAACUAUAGUCCAGAUCAAUACUCAGGUGCUUUUCUCGGAACAAGUGAAGAUAAGGAUGAUGAUGAUGCAAGACAAGCAAGCAGCGGGGACCAAUGAAGAAAAUCCUGAAGGUCUUGAGGAUAAACGAACAUUCAGAGAUAGUGAGAUAAUCACACUCAAGGGAGAGCUGGAGAAUGUAAAGAGGAAGUUGGCAGAGCUUCAGGAUAACUACAAUGAGCUUCAUCAAGUGUAUGAAAAGCUAAACAGUAGCAAACAGAAGAGCACACAGAACUGGGGGCUGCGUUGGGAAAAGAUUAAGAAGUCACUCCAGAUAAAACGUGAAGAAGAUGAAGCAAGAGACAAGCCACAAAGACGAAGUUCCACGGGACCAAGAACCAGCUUGAGGAGAAGAAUGUCCAUGUCAUAAGCCCUAGCUAGCUUUGUGCUUUACUGAUGCACCACAAUCUGUUUGAACUAAGUUUGCGUAGCUUCCAAAGUGAACACACAAACUAAGUGGAAUCAAGAGUUAAAUUCUAUCAUUUUUCAUCAGUAAUGUGAUUAAAAACGUUUGAUACUUCAUGUCAUGAAAUAUAUCGUUCAAGUUUGUU